AUGUUUCCAGAUGCACUAGACCAUCUUCACAAUAAUAGUCGGCCAUCAGUAAUUCACUGCGAUUUGAAGCCUGGCAACAUCCUCCUUGACAGUGACUGGACUGCCAAGGUUGCCGACUUUGGGCUUUCAGAAAUCAUCGACCCGACUCUGCUAAAGGUCCAGCCAGACGACGAUGAUGAUACAAGGUUGAACAAUGCAUUAGUUUGCUUAGCUUCUGUUGUAAGAGUCGGCAUCUUGUGCUCAAAGGAAACACCAUCUGAGAGAAUGAACAUGAAAUAUGUUGCCGCUGAACUGCACAGUAUCAGAGACAGAAUCAAAGGUGCGGCCAUGGAAUCCUCUUCCCCACAAAUGGAAUCCUCUGACAAGGAAUGCCCUUAG